AUGCAAUAUGAAAGAACUGUGUGGCUCAAGAUUCUCGAACUUCCAUUGAGACUUUGGGAUGAAGCAAACUUUUCUUCAAUAGCGGGCAUAUUAAAAAAGGUAAUAUAUCCCUUCAACAACAUCUUAAACAGAAGGGGCUUCUUAAUAGGAAAAGUUGGGAUACUAACGUCGCAACGGAAAUUGAUCAAUAUUGAGGUUACUAGUAUGGCAGAUGGUAUGAAAUUCAAUAUAGGAGUGGUUGAGUAUAGAAAUGAUUGGUCCCCAUUUCAUCCUAUUCCAUUCGAUACAGUAAAAGAUGACUCUGAUGAAGACAAAGAUGUUAUGGUAGAGGACGAAGAGGAUGAUGGUAUCUUAGACACUUUUAUGAUGGAAGAUAAAAACGAGGUCAAAGAAGGGAAAUCACUCUGGAAUCAUCACCGAGGGACAAGUCAAUUCCAACUAAUUUAUAUACUUCCAAGUGGAAAUUGUUGUAGAAGAGAUAGUGGUUGA